AUGGGGCCCCCCUCAGCCUCUCCCCACAGAGAAUGCAUCCCCUGGCAGGGGCUUCUGCUCACAGCCUCACUUCUAAACUUCUGGAACCCGCCCACCAGUGCCCAGCUCACUAUUGAAUCCACGCCGUUCAAUGUCGCAGAAGGAAAGGAGGUUCUUCUACUCGCCCACAGUCUGCCCCAGAAUCGUAUUGGCUACACCUGGUACAAAGGGGAAAGAGUGGAUGGCAACAGUCUAAUUGUAGGAUAUGCAGUAGGAAUUCAACAAGCUACCCCAGGGCCCACAUACAGUGGUCGGGAGACAAUAAACCCCAAUGCAUCCCUGCUGAUCCAGAACGUCACCCAGAAUGACACAGGAUUCUACACCCUACAAGUCAUAAAGUCAGAUCUUGUGAAUGAAGAAGCAACCGGACAGUUCCAUGUAUACCAAGAAAAUGCCCCAGGCCUUCCUGUGGGGGCCGUCGCCGGCAUCGUGACCGGGGUCCUGGUCGGAGUGGCGCUGGUGGCCGCCCUGGUGUGUUUCCUGCUCCUUGCCAAAACUGGAAGAACCAGCAUCCAGCGUGACCUCAAGGAGCAGCAGCCCCAAGCCCUUGCCCCUGGCCGUGGUCCCUCCCACAGCUCUGCCUUCUCGAUGUCCCCUCUCUCCACUGCCCAGGCCCCCCUACCCAACCCCAGGACAGCAGCUUCCAUCUAUGAGGAAUUGCUAAAACAUGACACAAACAUUUACUGCCGGAUGGACCACAAAGCAGAAGUGGCUUCUUAGCUUCCUCCAGGAGCUGCUCCUGUGGGUUGAUGGAGAGUCCCCAAGGCCCCCAGCCCUGGGGAUGGCGAAGGACAAGAAGCCUGAGCCAGAGAACCAGCUAUGAGU